AUGUUGAGGAAGGGGGGCGAAAGGAGAUUUGGCGCCGAACUGCCUGGCUGGAUGUCUACAGCCUCGAAGAGACCCCUCCGCUCAGGCGGCGGCCACCAAGGACACGGACAGGCCGGGUCGACGCCGCAGGCUUUGUUGGAGCAUCAGCUGAGGCUCAGCCAGCUGCAGCAGUUGCAGCAGUUGCAGAACCAGAUCUUCCAGCAGCAGCUGGAGAUACUCAGCGGCCAAACGUCGUUCAGCAACAGCGGCAGCAAUCUGCCCUCCAUCAUGGACCGCUCGAGAGAUGCCGCGCAGUAUGGACAUGGACUUCCAACUCCAGGUGUCAACCUGAGCUCCAUGGUGCAAAACACAUCAAUGCUCCCCAACUUCAUACCUCAGAUACCCCACCACAUGCUCCCGAGCGCCCCACACUCCGCGCCCGCGAAUCUCGUCUUCAACAGCCCCGGCUUCCCGCUGCCCUCGCCCGGCGACAUGGACCUGAGCGAGCUGCCGCCAAUCUCGAGCCCGAUGCUCGACUCAUACGGCACCUCGGCAAAUAGUCUGCCCCCGACCGGCCCCGGCCCCUCCGCGCACCCCGCCACCCGGAUGCGCGGCGCGACCUCCGCCACCAAGCGGCCGAACGCGUCCUCGAGCGGCGACGAGUCCGCGGCGACGAGCCGGCCCGCGCGCAAGCGGCCGUCGCCCGGCGACCGUGCGCUGGGCAAGCGGCCGACGAUGCGCGCGACGCGCUCCGCGACGUCCACCCCGCUCUUCCCCGCCACCGCCCCCGGCGGCGGCGGCGGCGGCAUGCGCGCGUUCGGGGACGUGCCCGGGGACACGCCCUCGCCCGUCGACCCGCCGAUGCCGCCCCCGGCGCACCCCACGGGCCCCGCGGACGGGCCCCCAGCGGCGGUCGCGCGCCCGUCGCACUCGCCCACGCCGCCGCUGCCGGCCACGCCCGCGUCGCCGGCCGUCGGGGGCGGGAGUGGGGUCGGGGCGCACCCGAGCCACCUCACGCCCGUGACGCCGUCGACGAUCCUCAACCUGGGACGGCUCGCGGGCGGGAACGCGGGGCGGGGCGGCAAGGCGAAGGACGGGCGGCCGGCGACGAGGUCGAGCACGGGGGCGAAGGCGAAGGCGGCGGAUAAGGGCCCUGGGGGCCCGUUGAUCAGCCCGGCGCUGAAGCCGAUCAGGCCUGCGGGCAAUGCGGUCGUGACGCCAACUACGGCGUCCCCCAGCUCGCCCUUCAUGCAGCCGGGCGUCCGCAAGUCCUCGCACAAGGCCGCGGAGCAAAAACGACGCGACUCGCUCAAGACGUCCUUCGACGACCUCCGCAUCCUCCUGCCGCCCAUCCCGCUGCCGUCCGAGGACGGCUUCCCGGACGAGCCGAUCCUGCCCGGGGCGAUGCCGCCGAGAGGCCCGCCAAAGGGCCAUGCGGAGGGCCCGAACCGCGGCGUGAGCAAGCUGCAGCUGCUCCGGUGCGGGAACGAGUUCAUCAAGGUCCUCAAGGGGCGCAUCGACCGCCGGGACGACGAGAUCGAGCGGCUACGGCAGGAGGUGCGCCGGCUGCAGGUGUGCGCGGGCGAGGACACGGCGGCAGCGUCGGCGGAGGGCCAGGAGGCGAUCGACCUCGAGUGCGACCUGGACGCGUGCGAGCAGACCGCGGGGAUCUUCGGGCGGGCGAUCGCGGGCAUGGGCGUCCGCGCGGGCUCGAUCCUCGAGGGCGACGAUGAGGGCGAGGAGUAG